AUGGAAAUCUUCAGUUUCUUCCCUUCAUGGCUUUUUUCAACAGUAUCAAUUCUCUUAUUUUCUUCAAUCUUCUUGUAUUCUCUACGAUGGAAGAAAACAUCCAAGGCUGCCCCUAACCUUCCCCUCAGCCCUCCUAGGCUUCCGAUAAUAGGAAACUUGCAUCAAGUGAUAGGUAAAAACUUCCAUCAAAUCCUAUGGAAAGUCUCCCGAAAAUACGGCCCUAUUAUGACGGUCCAUUUAGGUUCCACACCAUACGUCAUCAUCUCCUCCAGUGAAUUUGCAAAUCAGGCCUUAAAAGCCCACGAUCAGAUACUUUGUAAUCGUCCACGUUCCAAGGGUUUCAAACGACUAACCUUCGACUACAUGGACGUUGCUUUCUCCCCUCAUGCUGAUCAAUGGAAGGAGAUGCGAAAGGUUUUGGUAACCGAGUUCUUAGGUUCUAAGAGGAGUAAAUUGUUCAAAAAAAGUGGUAGACACUGA